UCUGCUCCCUGAUUGGUGGGCGAAGGGCUAAAUUACUAAACCACCUGUUUGGGUGGAGUGUGAGAGAAUUCCUGCUGGCUUCUUUGAGGUAAUUUUCGCGCGAGUGGGCGGAGUUUAUACUAAUAAGGCCGGGGAGGGGGCUGGCGCUGCCAAGAUGGCGACUGAGAGGAGUCGGUCUCCGGUGGGGGGCUCGCCAGUGCCGGCCUCGAUGUUCGCUCCAGAGCCCGUCGCGCACGGUGGGACAGUGGCGGCUUUCUCCAAGCCUCACCGCGGCGUCCCAGAGGCUGAUUGCAGCGAGGACGGCGAGGUGCUCAAUGGAGAGCCGGAGCUCGAUCUCACCAGCAAGCUAGUAAUGGUGAGCCCAACAUCUGAACAGUAUGAUAGCUUACUUCGACAGAUGUGGGAGCGGAUGGAUGAAGGAUGUGGGGAGACCAUCUAUGUUAUUGGACAAGGGUCAGAUGGGACUGACUAUGGGCUCAGUGAUGGAGACAUGGAAGCUUCCUACGCCACAGUGAAGAGCAUGGCAGAACAGAUAGAUGCUGAUGUAAUUCUCUUGCGAGAGCACCAAGAAGCAGGAGGCAAAGUGCGCGAUUAUUUGGUGCGGAAACGUGUGGGUGACAACGAUUUCCUAGAGGUCAGGGUAGCAGUGGUUGGCAAUGUGGAUGCUGGGAAGAGCACUUUGCUGGGUGUCCUCACCCAUGGUGAGCUGGACAAUGGACGUGGUUUUGCUCGGCAAAAGCUUUUUCGCCACAAGCAUGAGAUUGAGUCAGGCCGUACCAGCAGUGUGGGCAAUGACAUCUUGGGCUUUGACAGUGAGGGCAAUGUCGUGAACAAGCCUGACAGCCAUGGUGGAAGUUUGGAGUGGACCAAGAUCUGUGAGAAAUCAACAAAAGUCAUAACCUUCAUUGACCUGGCUGGGCAUGAGAAGUACUUGAAGACUACAGUCUUUGGCAUGACUGGGCAUCUCCCUGACUUUUGUAUGCUCAUGGUUGGCAGCAAUGCUGGAAUUGUUGGGAUGACCAAGGAGCACCUGGGUCUAGCACUGGCACUUAAUGUUCCAGUCUUUGUGGUGGUGACCAAGAUUGAUAUGUGUCCGGCUAACAUCCUUCAAGAGACCCUGAAGCUCUUGCAACGACUUUUGAAGUCCCCAGGAUGCAGGAAGAUCCCUGUGCUGGUCCAGAGCAAAGAUGAUGUUAUUGUUACUGCCUCCAAUUUCAGCUCUGAAAGAAUGUGCCCAAUAUUCCAGAUUUCCAAUGUCACUGGUGAGAAUCUGGAGCUGCUAAAGAUGUUUCUCAAUCUCCUAUCUCCAAGGACAAGUUACCGGGAGGAGGAACCUGCAGAAUUCCAGAUAGAUGACACUUACUCUGUACCAGGUGUCGGGACAGUGGUGUCUGGAACAACCCUGAGAGGCCUAAUCAAGUUAAAUGACACCUUGCUUCUAGGCCCAGAUCCACUAGGCAACUUCUUGCCUAUUGCUGUGAAAUCCAUCCACCGCAAGCGCAUGCCAGUCAAAGAGGUGCGGGGUGGUCAGACUGCGUCCUUUGCUCUGAAAAAGAUCAAGCGCUCUUCUAUCCGGAAAGGCAUGGUGAUGGUGUCACCUCGGCUGAAUCCUCAAGCCUCUUGGGAAUUUGAAGCAGAGAUUCUGGUUCUGCACCAUCCUACCACUAUCAGUCCCCGUUAUCAGGCAAUGGUACAUUGUGGUAGCAUUCGCCAGACAGCCACUAUCCUUAGCAUGGACAAAGACUGUCUACGCACUGGGGAUAAAGCCACUGUCCACUUCCGCUUCAUCAAGACUCCAGAAUACUUGCACAUAGACCAGCGGCUGGUUUUUCGUGAGGGGCGUACCAAAGCUGUGGGCACUAUCACCAAGUUACUCCAAACCACCAAUAAUUCACCCAUGAACUCCAAACCCCAGCAGAUCAAGAUGCAGUCCACAAAAAAGGGACCCUUGACCAAGCGUGAAGAGGGUGGAGCCCAGGCUGGCAUAGCAGUGCUGAACCCCGCUGUGGCAGAGGAUGCAAUGUCGCUGGCAACAGUUGCCUCAGCACCGUCUGGUGCUCAACAACCACAGGCAAAGGCUGGAGGUGGUGGCCGGCGGCGUGGUGGCCAGCGUCAUAAAGUGAAAUCUCAAGCAGCUAUUGUGACUCCAGCUGGUGGCUGCUGAACAUCUUUUCAAUCACGGAGAAAUUCACAUCUUCCCCUCCAUUUCUUCAAUUCAAAAACCCGGAGCAGCUUAACCAAAAUCCUUUGCAGCUGAUCUCCUACUAUGGAAACUUGUUUCCCCCAGGGAGGGGAGCAGAGGAAGUUCCAGGGAAUGUGGGGUUUUCCAUUUAAACUAAUGAAGGUGACAAAGCACACAUGGGACUGACCAACAGCCACCUUCUCCCUAAAACAUUUUGUACACCUCAAGCUCUUAGUCAUGAUUUUUAUGUUUUUAUUAUGGUGGUUUUGUGUGUGUGUGUGUGUGUGUAUGUGCAUGCAUGCAUAUGCAUUCAGGAGAAUGCAGGUAUAGAAAAGAAAGUACCUGUCUCUUCUCCUCCACUCCCAUGUUCAUCAUCAUGUUAGCUAACCCACUCUUUCUUUUGCAAUUGGGAAUUUCUGAAAUCCUAGGCCUUUAAGAGUAAAAAUACACAGUAGUUGGCUGGGAGGAGAUAGCAGUUCUUCUCCCAUGUUUCCAGUGGUUUGAAACAAGUACUGGGUCUCUCCAGCUGUAAUGUCACCAUGACCAUAGUUGGUAACUGUCACAAAGGAAACCCCUCAAACCAGCUUCAUCCCAAAUCUUGGAUUCCAGUGAGAUCCUAGAAGUUGUGUGUACUUGUAAGCUUGUUUGCAAGUACUUCAUCCUUCUGAAAGAAAAGGUGGGGAGCUUUGAAAGUGACAGUUGGAGGCUGAAGAGUUAAUUUCACAUUUUAUUUGUAUUUUAUCUUCAAAACUGCUACAGAGGCUUCUGUAUUACUCUGACUGCAUGCUAUAUCUAGUUUUGCAACCAGCUAUGUGGACACUUUAGGAACAGGGAGUGAGAGUGCAAGAUCGUUUCUGGUUACUUGCCCAUUUCAUUUUCAUGGCUUCCAAACCAGUCUUUAGGGCCAGAUUUCCCUCCUGCCAGGAACAGAUGCUAUUGAUGGCAUCUGCAUAUUCAGCUCCCUUCUCAUUAAGGAAAUAGGUGCCUCUUUCAUUAAUUGAAUGCUUUAGAGACCAAGUUAGAAACUUGUUUCAGCCCCUCCAAAUCUUUGCUGUGGCAGGAACAGAGACUUCAUAGAGGCAGGCUGAGAGGAUUACUGAAUCCACCAUUAAAAUUUGGACUCCCAUUUGUGAUUCUCUAACUUUAGUAGCUGUGUCUCUUCAAUGCACUCACUCUGAAUUGAGUUUUUUGACUUCUUUUAACUGCAUCAUGUUUUUAAAAAGGAGAAAGUAUGAAAAAAAUUGUGGUUUGUAGUUAACUGGUUUGUAACUUUGAAUAGCUUUUUUUCCCUACAGUAUAGUAUUUCUUAGAUUUACUCCAUCCUAACAGUUUUUGGAAUAAUCAGUUUUUUUGACGUUAUAAACAUUAGGGAGCAGGUAGGAAUACUUACACCAUCUUCCCAAGUCUGAUGUGCCCUAGAUAUGUUGGAUUACAAUUCCCCAGCAAGCAAGGUUAACAGGUUUGCUAUAUGGGACUGUUGUAGACCAAUCUGUCUUGAAGGCACCAGAUUAAGGAAAGUUGUUAUACCUACAUUGCUUUUCGGAUAUAAUGCUUAGCAGCUGCAGUAUUAAGAGCAUCCUCUGAGGUCAAAACAGUGUGGGGAUGAUUAAUGCAAGGUAGCAACCUGUUCUGUUGCUUUUCACCCUGUAUUACAUGUCUCCUUGCCUUCCAAUACCAAGAGAAGCAGAGGCCUUGGUGUGGUGUCUUCUUUCCUUCAUUCUUUUGUUUUGAAAGAUGAAUGUACAGUGCUGACAAGCAGUAAGAAAGCCACAGUGCUGUGUUCUUUUUGAGCCACACAUAAGGACUACUGAUGCUGGCAUGGUGUCAACAUUAAAAAGAACAAUUUAUUAAAAAUGAAAAGCUUGCUGUUCUCUCCAUUUUAGAGGCAAUGGGGUAUUAUUUCACUAAUGCUGGUUCACAAAAUGUAAAUCAGGUUAGAUGUAAUUUGUAAAUAAGUUUUAUAUGGCUGAAGUUUCUCUUUUGAAAAGGCUUGAGGGCUAGCUGGUUGUUCUCCUGAACUAGGGAUUACUUAAUGCGUCCAGAAGCUUGUAGAAAAUCAAAUUGACAAAAGAAACUUGUGCUAUAAGAAAAAUCCUACAGAAUAAUCCUACAGAAUCAAGUCUACCUUGUCCUAUACUGUGACUUACAGGGCCUGUUCAGAGGUGUAAGCAAGGUCAGGUGUUCACAACUGACCUUUAGCAAAUGCUGCCUUUCGUUCUGGAGGUAUUAUACUUUCAUUGAAACCAGUAACCACUGAUAAGCUUGUCCUCUAUAGAUUUGACUAGCUUUUAAAAUUACCUAAAUCAGUAUCACACGUCUAAUAGAAGUAAAUUCUAUGCCUUCACCUUAUCUUGCAUCUUGCGUUUCACAUCGAUGGAUGAUUUCCAAGUUCUGGUAUCUUUAGAGAAAUUUCCACAUGCCUUUUAUAUGCAUCAAGUUUUAAAUGAAAAAUACUUUGUAGUCUUUUCAUGCUAAAAGGCAACUUAAUUAUUUUGGAUAUCCUUUUUACAUCCUUUCCAGCUCUACAAUAGAUGUGAUGACCAGAACUAUAUGCAGUAUUCCACGGGCUGUUCACAACAGCUUUGCAUAAGAAAUGUGCGCAAUUAAAAAAAUACAUUCAAAGCUAUUGCUAUUUUGAAAACCUCA